UGCGUAUAAAAAGUCAGUGCUAAGGUCGGGAGGAGCACAGUCUGACAUUUGACUUCAAGACCAAAAAAACAAAUCCCAACAAAAUGAAAUUCCUCAUUGUGGCCUUGGCUUUUGUGGCUUGCGCCUAUGCUGAUGUCUCGGAAUUGGGUUACAACUACGAGAAACCAGCCCCUGCCCCAGCUCCAGUUCAACCUGUCAAAACUUAUAUUCCCCCAGCACCUGUAGUCCCAGCUCCAGCUCCCGUUCAACCUGCCAAGACCUAUAUUCCUCCUGCACCAGUUGCCCCUGCCCCAGCCCCAGCUCCAGUUGCCCCUGCCCCAGCUCCAGUUGCCCCUGUCAACACUUAUAUCCCACCAGCACCUGUUGCCCCCAAACCAGUUAAGGUUGCCCCUCAACCAGUGCCAGCCCCAGCUCCAGUCGCCCCUGUCAACACAUAUAUUCCACCUGCACCUGUUGCCCCUGUUGUUCAACCAACCAACACCUACAUUCCCCCUGCCCCCGUCAAUCCCGUUGAACAAAUUGAAGAAACUCCCGCUGAUGGCUACCAUUACAAUAUUGUCCGCUAUGUUGUCUACAGACACCGUGUCUAAGCGUCAGAUAGAGGAAUAUGCGUUUCGUUGAUUUGUUAAGUGUUAUAAAU